GAAGCUGUUCGUUGGCAUGCUCAGCAAACAACAAACUGAAGAGGAUGUGCGUCAGUUGUUCACGCCGUACGGUACAAUAGAAGAGUGUUCGAUACUUCGUGGCCCGGACGGUUCGAGUAAAGGUUGCGCGUUCGUAAAAUACAGUUCACACCAGGAAGCGCAAGCAGCCAUCACAAGUCUGCACGGCAGUCAAACUAUGCCUGGCGCCUCUUCGAGCCUUGUAGUUAAAUUCGCAGACACGGAGAAGGAACGUCAACUGCGUCGAAUGCAGCAGAUGGCCGGCAACAUGAGCCUUUUGAACCCGUUCGUUUUCAAUCAGUUCGGGGCGUACGGGACCUACGCUCAGGUCAUCACUGAGCAAGUUGAUUUACAACAACAAGCAGCUCUGAUGGUAGCGGCGACUGCGCAGGGCUAUAUAAGUCCAAUGACGGCUCUCGCGUCACAUGCGCUUAACGGCAUGGCCAACUCAGUUGUGCCCCCAACUUCCGAUAACUUUUCCGGCUUGGCGAUAGGCACGGGGGGCGGACAGCCACUGAACGGCGCUCUGCCGUCGUUGCCAUCGCCUACCAUGCCAGGGUUUAACAUGGCCGCGCAGACCGCUAACGGCCAGCCGCCACCGCAAGAAGCUGUAUACACUAACGGGAUCCACCAAACAUUCACUGGACCUGUCCCCGUCACAGCGCAGGGCAUACCUAACGGGGAGGCAGCGCUGCAACACGCGGCGUAUCCAGGCAUGCAGCCCUUCCCCGGCGUCGCUUACCCAGCGGUUUAUGGACAGUUUCCGCAGCCCAUCCCACCGCCGAUGUCUACCAUUGCGCCUGCGCAGAGAGAAGGAUGCUCAAUUUCGGGGCCCGAGGGCUGCAACCUCUUCAUAUACCACUUACCGCAGGAGUUCGGCGACACUGAACUGAUGCAAAUGUUUCUCCCGUUUGGGAACGUGAUCAGCAGCAAGGUUUUCAUCGAUCGUGCCACUAACCAGAGCAAAUGUUUCGGCUUUGUAUCUUUCGAUAACCCGUCGUCAGCCCAAGCGGCCAUCCAGGCGAUGAACGGCUUUCAAAUUGGCAUGAAGCGACUAAAGGUCCAACUGAAACGACCAAAGGAUGCCAACCGGCCUUAUUAACCCAUGAUGCCGUCCCCGCGCGCAUACGUAAUGCCCAGGAAGGCUCCCGGCAGGUCUCGUACGCCCGCGGUACGCACAUAUGCGUAUUAUCAAAGAUUCUAAGGAAUUAAACUAACAUUAAUUGUAUAGUAAAUAUCAUUAACUACAUUACUUACCUAAAGAAAUAUGCAAGCCCACGCGGCAUGUAUACUAUAUUAGUUAAAGUAAUUUAUUGAUCAGCGUGU